UAGGAAGAACGAAUCUUUCCCCUAUAACCAGAUCGAGGGGUACUUUGGUAAUUUUGAACGGACCCCCACAAGUCUCUCGAUUCCGUUACACUCUGAAGUCUGAAACAGAUACUACUAUACUAUACUAUCUCCAAUGGCGAUGGUUACUUCACUCUCUCAGUAAAAAAAGAAAACAGAGAAAAAAAGAAAAAACAGAGAAGAUAACAAUGGCGGAAACUGAGAGACCCCACCGAUCUUCAAGUAUUAACAGCAGCAACACAGCGAAUGCUUCUUCUUCUACGGAUCUAUUCAUUUGCUUCACAUCUCGUUUCUCUUCUUCUUCCUCCAUGCGUCUCUCUUCCCUCAGCCCCGCUCGCUCCGCCUGUCUCACCACUUCUCUCAGCCGUCGUCUCCGCACCAGCGGCAGCUUAAAGAACGCUUCCGCCGCCGGAGUUCUCAACUCUCCGAUGUUCGGCGCCAAUGGUCGGAAGAGAUCUGGAUCUGGCUACGACAACAACAACAACAACAACAUCGAGCCUUCGUCUCCGAAGGUGACGUGUAUCGGACAGGUUAGAGUGAAGACUAGGAAGCAUGUGAAGAAGAAGAUGAGAGCGAGAUCUAGACGGAAAGGUGAGACGAGUUUCAGGAGAUCCUCAAGCGACCAAAACGACGGAGGAGGUUGCCGUUUCGACGCGACUGAAAACCGUUGGGUGCAUCUUCCGGUGACUAUCUGCGAGUCCUUGAGAGCGUUCGGCUCCGAGCUCAACUGCUUCUUCCCCUGUAGAUCCUCGUGCACCGAUAGUAGCCAUCACGACAGAGAUCGAGAUGGGAGGCGAGUCGAGGGUAACGGCGACGGAUGCGGCGGCGGAGGAAACUCGUGCGGCGCUGUGUUCACGCGGUGGUUUGUGGCGGUGGAGGAGACGGGAGGGAGGAGGAGAGAGAUUGAGCUCGUGGUGGGUGGAGAAGACGACGCGGAGGAGGAUAGGAGGAGUCGCCGGAGACACGUGUUCGAGGGGCUUGAUUUGAGCGAGAUUGAGAUGAAGACGGAGGAGAAGAAAGAGAGGGAAGAAGUUGGACGGAUCAGCAUCUGCUCUCCGCCGAAAAACGCUUUACUGUUGAUGCGGUGUAGAUCUGAUCCGGUUAAGGUGGCGGCGCUAGCGAACCGGGUUCGAGAGAGGCAGUUGUCACUUAACGAUGUCGCGCAAGGAGGAGAUGAGGAGGAUGACGAAGAGAGAAGAAGACGGUUUGAGCUUGAUUUGGAAGACAAGAAACGGAUCGAGUUGUGCGAGAAAUGGAUUUCCGGCGAGACAACAGUGGAGGAACAAGUCGUAGCUCCAGCUCCAGCUCCAGUUGCAGAAGCACAAGUUUCUUUAGCUUCAAAUCCAGCGAAAGAGGAAGAAACAGUCCAAGUUCUCGAAGAUUCGACUGUACAAGCAGAAGAAGAAGAAGCUUCGAAAAUCCAGGAGGUUGAUUCGUUUGAUGAAGAAAUUGAAGCGACGUUCAUAAAAAGCAUCGAAAACGAUAUCAGAAACGCCAUAGAGGAAGAGGAGCAUAUGGCUGAGAUGGAAGAAUUAUCGGCGGCGGCUAAAGCAGAAGAAGAAGAACAAGAAGAAAGCAGAGAGAUUGCCUCUGUAACGCCAAACGUAGAAAGAUCCGAACAAGGAAACCGAGAACCCGACCCGAGUCCGGAAGUGAUAACGAGAGGAAGUCAGCUGGAGGAAACAACAACGGAGAAGGAGAAGACGACGCCGUAUAAAGUGUUACCGGAUUGUCUAUUACUAAUGAUGUGUGAACCGAAGCUAUCAAUGGAAGUCUCAAAGGAGACUUGGGUCUGCAGUACAGAUUUCGUCAGAUGUUUACCGGGAAGACCUCCGGCGAAGAAGAUACCGGAAACUGCCGGAGAUCAUAAUCAUCAACCUAAGAAGCGAACCGUCGUCGCAGUUGAUUCCACCGCUUCUUCUCGCCGGCGUUCAAUCGAUAAACCACCGGUUCACCAUGCGAUGUUACAGCCGCCACGGUCAUCGUGCUCAUAUCCAGCAGCUCCGCCGAUAAUUACGGCGGCUGUGGGGGUUGGGGAGCAGAAGGUAGCCGGAGCUAAUAAGGUGUACGAGCCACCAGUGCUGCCACGUUGCAAAUCGGAGCCUAGGAAGUCAGCUUCGAAGCUUGCGCCGGAAGCUUGUUUCUGGAAAAAUCGGAAGCUGGAGCCGCAUCCUCCAGCUACCGUCGGAGUCGGCGGCGCCGGAGUAGGGUUCUAGAUGAAAGGAGGAGACUUGAGUUGGAAUAAACAAUUAGUAUUUGGGUGUAAUAGUAAUUUCAGAAAUACUAUUUGUCCUUGUUUGUAAAUUAGUUUUGUUAGUCAUAAUUCAUUUUCAUUCGCAAAUGCCAAUGUUGUUUCCAUGAAAA